GUCAGGCUUGGCAGCCUCGAUUUCUCCGAGCCUCUGCCCAGCCUGGUGAGCCACACAGGCCAGCGCCCUGACAUGCAGGAGGCCGCCCUGAGUCUGCUCGUCCUCCUGGCAGGCCUGCCUGCCCUGGACGCCAAUGACCCAGAAGAUAAAAACAGUCCUUUCUACUAUGACUGGCACAGACUCCGGGUUGGCGGGCUCAUCUGUGCAGCGGUUCUGUGCGCCAUCGGAAUCAUCGUCCUUAUGAGUGGAAAAUGCAAAUGCAAGUUCAGGCAGAAGCCCAGUCACCGGACAGGAGAUGCUCCGCCUCUCAUCACUCCAGGCUCGGCCCAUAACUGCUGAGGAUGGACCAGCCCGAAGAGCAUGAUGGUCCUUCUCUGUCCCCACGUCCUGGCUCUGCACAGGAGCUUGAGAUCCAGGGUGGAAUUCUCCCUCCUUUCCUCAGACUAUCUUGCCAGGGCCUCAUCUCACCUGUCACAGGAGGGUCUGUUUAUUCAUUUUUUAAAUCUAAAAUGAUCUUGCCUCUGGCCCAAGCAGCAUCUUGAUUCCCUGUGUGUGCACUGGGGUUGGGUUUGGGGCCGGGAGCAGGCAGACGUGCACUGGUGGCUGAACCUCUCUGUUGGAAAGAUCCCUGGAGGGUUGGUGGACGAUGUGGGGUCUGCUUUCUGCCUUGAUGGCUGUGGGAGCCUCAUGUGCAAUUUAAGGUUUUUUAGUAGCCAAAUGUAGGGCGCUUUUGAGAGUGAAAGAGAAUUCUAACCAGAUGGAGUGCUGGGACACCCGGAUGGACGCUGGGAGUGUCUCAGGGGGACCAGGCUGUCAUGAUGGAAGGGCUCAGGCAGCUCACAAUUUCGGUCCCUAGGACCCUCUCAAGCACCCCUGAGACCUCACUUUGAUCAGGAGACCUUUCCAAAUCCCCAUAUGUCCCUGUGAGACCUUUAAAUAAUUCCCGUGAUAUCCCUACUAAUAUACAAUGGGCACAGGCUGUGAGAACUUCCCUGCCUCAGACUCCCUUGAGACUCCCCAGUACCCAAUAAAGUAUCCAAAAUGUCCCCACAAGCCAACCCAUAAAAUGCCCAAAACUCUUCAAAACGCACAAAAAUAUCUCCUCCAAAGCUCGAGAAUAACCCCCCAAAAGAGACCCACAAUAAACUCGUAACCUGUU